AUGCCUCUCACCGAAAACCGCGCUCUGCGCAUCCUGGACCACGCCGCCGAGAACCACUAUGCCAUCCCCGCAAUGUGCUGCUACAAUGUCGAAGGCAUCCUAGCCACUGUCCGCGCCGCAGAAGCCAAGCGCUCAGCGGCAAUGAUCCUCCUCUUCCCUUGGGCAAUCCACUACGCCGACGGAAUCCUCGUGCACGCUGCCGCCGAAGCCGCGCGCAAAGCCACCGUCCCCAUCACAGUACACAUGGACCACGCACAAACACCCGAGAUCAUCCGAUAUGCCGCGGACCUGGGUGGCUUCGACAGCAUCAUGGUCGAUAUGUCGCACUAUGAGAAAGCGGAGAACCUGGCGCUUACUCGUGAACUGGUUGAAUACUGCCAUGCACGGGGUAUUGCAACGGAAGCGGAACCCGGGCGCAUUGAGGGGGGUGAAGAUGGUGUGGCGGACACAGCUGAUCUGGAGGGUAUGCUGACGACUCCGGAGGAGAGUCAGGAGUUUGUUGAUACCGGAAUUGAUUGGCUGGCGCCGGCUUUUGGAAACGUUCAUGGGGAAUACGGACCUCGUGGAAUUCAGCUCGAGUAUGAGCGCUUGCAGUCUAUCAAUGAAGCUGUUGGGGGGAAAGUGAGACUUGUGCUUCAUGGGGCGGAUCCUUUCACGAAGGAAAUCUUCCAAAAAUGUAUUGAUUGUGGCGUGUCCAAGAUCAACAUUAACAAGGUGCUGAAUAAUGAGUAUGUGCGCGUGCAGGCCGAGAAGGCCGGCAAGGUUCCUCUGACUACAUUGUUGGAAGAGGCGACAAAUGCCAUGCAGGAGGCUGUUGAAGGUUGCAUUGAUCGGUUGGGCUCUGGUGGAAGAUACCCCGGGAAAUAA